UGCAGUUAAAUCAGGAAGGAGCUCGAAAGAGGCCACGGGAAUCUGACGGGCAGACUGGACAAACAGGCGGGGCAAAUAUCACCGAAGAGGCCAAGCGGCUUCUGGGAAGCUUCUGAGAGACCAGCCCUACUGUGGAGGGAGGACUGGGAGUCCAGCCAGUGGGAAGCCCACAGGCAUGAUGUGGCUCGAAUCAUGCUCCUAAGCGGCCAUGAGCUCAGAAGCUCUCCCAGACACGCCAAGGGCUGAGCACGAGACCAGAGGUGGAACAAGGAAACCCAGUCCAAAAUUUGAAAAAUAAACCAUGAAGUGCAGUGAAAAGGACUCAGCAGAUUCCAAAGAAAGUGAUUUGGCGGGAAAGAAAUUGAACUGCCGCAUUUCCUGCCGGGCCCCCGCCCCCUCGUGGACUCUGCCUCCUGCUCAGAGAUGCCCUGGCACAGCCCGGGGCCGGAGGAGCAUGGACUCCCGGGCCUGGGCUCGCGCAGGAGCUGCCGAGCGUGGCCGCUCCCGGAGAGGGACACCGGGCAGGAGGACCAGAAAGGACUGGUCCUGCUCGCUCAUCGUGGCAUCUCUCGUGGGCGCCUUCGGCUCCUCCUUCCUCUACGGGUACAACCUGUCGGUGGUGAACGCCCCCGCUCAGUACAUCAAGUCCUUCUACAAUGAAUCAUGGGAAAGAAGACACGGGCAUCCAAUAGACCCAGAUACUCUGACUCUGCUCUGGUCUGUGACAGUGUCCAUAUUUGCCAUCGGUGGACUCGUGGGGACUUUAAUGGUGAAGCUGAUCGGGAAAGUUCUUGGGAGGAAGUACACUCUGCUGGUCAACAAUGGGUUUGCAAUUUCUGCUGCAUUGCUGAUGGCCUGUUCUCUGCAGGCAGGAGUCUUCGAAAUGCUCAUUAUGGGACGCUUCAUCAUGGGCGUGGAUGGAGGCAUCGCCCUCAGCGCACUCCCCAUGUACCUGAACGAGAUCUCGCCCAAGGAGAUCCGUGGCUCUCUGGGGCAGGUGACCGCCAUCUUCAUCUGCAUUGGCGUGUUCACCGGGCAGGUGCUGGGCCUGCCUGAGCUGCUGGGAAAGGAGAGCACCUGGCCAUACCUGUUUGGAGUGAUUGCUGUCCCCGCCUUUGUGCAGCUGGUGAGCCUGCCCUUUCUCCCUGAGAGCCCGCGCUACCUGCUCUUUGAGAAGCAUGACCAGGCAGGAGCCGAGAAAGCCUUCCAGACUUUCCUGGGCAAAGAGGAUGUCUCCCGAGAGGUGGAGGAGGUCCUGACGGAGAGCCGCGUGCAGAGGAACAUCCAGCUGGUGUCCGUGCUGGAGCUGCUCCGGAGUCCCCUCGUGCGCUGGCAGGUCUUCACUGUGGUCGCCACCAUGGCCUGCUACCAGCUCUGUGGUCUCAAUGCGAUUUGGUUCUACACCAAUAGCAUCUUUGGAAAAGCUGGGAUCUCACCAGAAAAGAUCCCAUACAUCACCUUGAGCACCGGUGGCAUCGAGACUUUGGCCGCCAUCUUCUCCGGCUUGGUCAUCGAGCGCCUAGGACGGAGACCCCUCCUCAUGGGCGGCUUUGGGCUGAUGGCCCUCUUCUUCGGGAUCCUCACCAUCACGCUGACACUGCAGGACCACGCCCCAUGGAUCCCGUACCUGAGUAUCGUGAGCAUCCUGGCCAUCAUUGCCUCAUUCUGCAGCGGGCCAGGGGGCAUCCCAUUCAUCUUGACCGGAGAGUUCUUCCAGCAAUCCCAGCGGCCGGCUGCCUUCAUCAUUGCAGGCACCGUCAACUGGCUCUCCAACUUCGCUGUUGGCCUCCUCUUCCCAUUCAUUCAGAAAAGUCUGGGCACCUACUGUUUCCUAGUCUUUGCUGCAAUCUGCCUCACAGGUGCUGCCUAUUUCUAUUUUGUCCUGCCUGAGACGAAAAACAGAACCCAGGCGGAAAUCAGCCAGGCAUUCGCCAAAAGGAACAAGGCAUACCCACCGGAGAACACUGACUCAGCUGCAUCUGACACUAAGGUGACCAGAAGGCCCGAGCCAGACCCCGCCUCCACUCUGGACAAUUAUGUCAAAAAUGGGGUUGUCUAAAUGGAUGAUCUCACCAUUUCAGGAAACCAAAGAUUUCCCUACAUGGUUAAUAGUAUUAAGUAUUUAAAAAUAAACCUUUGCUAAUCUAAUGUCACAACCA